CAAACUUAGUCGUUUCCAGGAAUUCAUAAUGAAAGGCGGAGAAAAUGAAACUCCUGUUGGAUAUACGCCUGGGACCAGAGCCCCAGACUUUACAGCUCUAGCUUUAUGUGAGAAAGAAUUUAAGGAAGUUACUUUGUCAUCGUUUCAGGGUAAGGCUGUGCUGUUGGUCUUCUAUCCUGUGGACUUUUGUUAUAUUGCUCCCACUGAAUUAGUUCUACUUCAAGAAGCCAUGAGUGAUGAAAAUAUCUUGGCAAUCUCAACAGGAAGUCCUAUGGGUAAGCUUGCCUGGGCCUCUACAACUUUGGACAAAGGAGGAAUAGAGGGUGUUACGUUUCCUUUGGUUUCCGAUAUGACUGGAGAUAUCACAAAGAAGUUUGGAUUUCUAAACGAACCAAGAGGAUAUGAAUUCAGAGGGUAUACUGUAGUGGAUAGUAAGGGUACUGUUGUAUGUCGAAGCUUAUCUGAUCUUCCUUUGGGUUUGGGAGUAGCUGAGAGUCUCCGAAUUUAUAAAGCAGCUGAUACCGGAUGUUCUGCUCCAACCUGGACUCCAGAUCAAUAUAAACCCUUCUCUACUCGUCUUUGCUCAAUCUUUAAUCCAGCAUCCUCGAAAAAACCUUCUCCUGUCACACAGGCAGUUAUCCUACAAGCUCCUGUUAAACAGGAGACAUCAGACACUUCUUCAGAUUCCACAGAGUCCAAUCAAGGUGUUCCAACCUCUGACACUGAGAGUUCAGACUCCAUUAAAAGCGCUGCUACAUCAGGAAGCAUUAAAUCGAAUGAAAGUGGUUCACUAAACGAAGAUGAAGAAACUAUGACUGAAACCAUUAUUGAGAAACCAGAGCAAUCCGACCAAACCUCAACUCAAUCCUCAUCCGAACUCAGCUCAUCAGGUUCAAGAGCUGUAUCAUCCGAAUUCAGCUCAUCAGAUUCUAGCGUUGUAUCCUUCCCAGCUGCCUCUACUCCUGAAUCAGAGAAUCCUGGGGAUAUUCCUUCUCCUUCAACAUCAAAACCAGCUGAUAAACCUCAGAUAAAAUCUACAGGACAUAAGAUGUGUGACUGCAAGUUACCCAUAUACCAUUCAAGUAACCUCCAUAAGUAUGGAAAAGUAAAGAAAUAUUAGUUUAGUUUGAUAUUAUUUCGUAACUCUUUCAUGGUUUAAUUUGGAUAAAAAUAAAUAUUAAGAUACAAGAUAGAA